AAGCCGAUGAUGACGACGACGACGUUGAUGAUUAUGAAAAUGAUGGAGAUUGAAGAUAUGCGUCGGCGCCUUUCCUGCAGGACUUGGGCCAAUAAUCGGGGUGUUUGCACGCACUGAUAUAUAUAGAAAGGAGUGCAUACCCGGUAACUUCGAAAACAUUUGAAGGAAAUGAUUAACCGCUUCCUUCUUUUGCUCUUGGCUGUAUGUAAAUGAGGGACGUUUAUAAAGGUGACUACGUCCGCGUUCUCAUGCUUCUACACUCAACAAUAAAAGAGCAAGGCGCACGUGUCGCGAUUAUGGUCUCAGCAUCAAGUUCGGAGUUGCUUUCCAUAUGCGCUGGCACUACUUGAAACUUUAAACAAAGCUGCUCACGUUUAUUUAUUAUUUAAGGCAGUAGCGUUAUGAGUGUCAAAGUGGAAAGCAGUGCAUGUGUACGAAGUGUGGGAAGCCGCUCACGUGGUAGAGGCAGCGAGGGGAUGGGAGAACUUCUGAGCUUGUGUGUUUGUGUGUGUGUGUAUGUGCAAAGGUGUAUGUCUGCAUAUGGAUAAUAUAAAUGUAGCGCAAUUCGCGGUUGUCUGCUGUGGACCGCCGCCAGUCGCACUUAGCACCUCGAAGAGGCAGGACGUGGUUCGAAUGAGCUGGCGAACGCGGUGUGAAUCAUUGAUCUGGGAUCUCAAAGAGGUGCGACGUAAUGGUAACGCAUUUUUAUCGCAUUUACCGCUAUAUCACUACUGAAUUUUUAUUUAUUUAUUUAUUUAUUUAUUGUUUUUUUGUUUUUUUUUUGUUUUUUUGUUUCUUUGUUUGUUUCUUUGUCUGUCUGUCUGUCUGUCUGUCUGUCUGUCUGUCUGUCUGUCUGUCUGUCUGUCUGUCUGUUUGUCUGUUUGUUUGUUUGUUUGUUUGUUUGUUUGUUUGUUUGUUUGUUUGUUUGUUUGUUUGUUUGUUUGUUUGUUUGUUUGUUUGUUUGUUUGUUUCGUUCGUUCGUUCGUUCAGUCGGUCAGUUGAAUCUUACGCGCAACAUGCCACUGAAUAUAUUGGAACUGUGGCUGGUACAAAAGUCCGGCGAUCCACGCCAGAAUCCAAGAAGGUUCAUGUACAGCGCCUAGAGCCCACAGCUGGCUUAUAUUCAAAAAGCUGGCAAAAGAAAAUAUCCAUACGAUGGCCCAGUGCCUACAGGACGCGAUGUGGUCAGUGCACUACAAAGUUCUCCACAACUGACGCCACCGUGCUCUUCUCGGCGACCGCGCACGAACAUUACUUUUGUUACCACGUGAUCAGUUUCCUUUUCCUCCUAAUUGAUAUUUUCUGCUACUACUCCGCCCUCACCCCUCACACCAUUUGACCGCAUCAUAUCGUCAUCAUCACGAUCACUACGAACUUCAUCAUCUUUUUCACUGUCAUCGACGCCCGGCCAGGACACGAAGAAGAAGUUUCGCAUUUACUUGUGAACGACCAUGAGCUUUUCACGGGAAACCGUCCUCUGGCUGCUCAUUUUCUGCAUCGCUGCCAACUGCUACAACAUCGGCAAUUAUGUGCUUGGUCACUACAGAGUUUUUGGACCUCGUGGUUUCAUCUUCGACGUCUUGCUCUGCGUUGAGACAAGUGUCAACCUGGCGUCCGACAUCAUGCUGCUCAAGGUGCUCAAUCAACCGGCUAACCCUACCCAGCUGGGUGCCCCUCAUGCCGAAGUGGUGGAGACGUUGCGCAAGUUCCUGACGUUGAACACCGGAACCAUAGUGUUUUGCUGCGUAGUCCACAUAGCCGCAUCCCACUACACAGCUCAGAAUGUCCGCGUGGAAGGAGCUAGAUCCGUCAAAGAAGAAAAUGAUGUGCGGGCCAUCAUCUUGUACCAAAUCUACGGCUUCUACAAGGAGUUGAAGGAAAACCCGGCCGUCGCGAACGUUGCCCUAUUCUUCAAUCCUCUGGGCGCACUGAGACAGCCCGUCAUUUUCGUCAACGUGAAGGCACCAGCGGCGGCGGCGACGACGACGACAACGCAGUAGAAAGCGCCAUUCGUAUAGUAAUUUGUAACAGACUUUUCGAUACAUCAACAAUAUAUCUUAGUA